GAAGACAAGCCGCGUGGUUCGGAACCCUGUGCUGUCCAUUGAUUUUUCAGCAUGGCUGCGAUCGGAGUUCAUUUCGGUCAUACAUGCGCCUGUGUGGCAAUAUACAAGGAUGGCCGGGCUGAUGUGGUGGCUAAUGAUGCAGGAGACAGGGUGACUCCAGCUGUGGUGGCGUACAGAGACACUGAACAGAUUGUAGGUAUUGCAGCAAAGCAAGGACGGGUUCGCAACGCUGCCAACACAGUUGUCAAAGUGAAACAAGUGCUGGGAAGAAGCUUUGGUGAUCCAGAGACACAAACUCACAAAACAGAGACCAAGUGUCAGGUGGUAAACAGAGGAGAGAAGAUCUAUUAUGAGAUUACGGCAGGAGAACAACCAGAAUAUGUUGCUCCAGAGGAUGUUGCAAAACUCAUCUUCAACAAAAUGAAAGAAACUGCUCAGUCAGCUCUGGGAUCUGAUGUCACUGACGCUGUCAUCACCGUCCCUUUUGAGUUUGCAAAUGCUCAGAAGCGUGCACUGAGGGCAGCAGCUGAAGCUGCAGGGUUCCAUGUCCUGAGGCUGAUCCAUGAGCCUGCUGCUGCUCUAUUAGCCUAUAACAUUGGACAGGACUGUUCUUCUGGAAAGAGCCAUGUCCUGGUGUAUAAGCUGGGUGGGACAUCUCUGAGUGUGACAGUGCUGCAGGUCAAUGGAGGAAUGUUCCGGGUUCUCAACACCCACACUGACCACAGCAUUGGAGGAGAGAGCUUCACACAGGCCUUGGCCCAGCACCUUGCCGCUGAGUUCAAACGCACCUUUAAACAUGAUGUAAGCUGUAAUGCUCGGGCAAUGCUGAAGCUGAUGAACGGUGCAGACAUGGCCAAGCACUCACUGUCCUCAUUGGGAUCAGCCAACUGCUUUGUUGAUUCCCUGCAUGAUGGCAUUGACUUCGAAUGCAAUGUCUCAAGAGCUCGAUUUGAGCUGCUCUGCUCCUCACUCUUCAACAAGAACAUCCAGCCAAUCAGACUGUUGUUGGACAAGGCAGGACUCUCCACCAGUGACAUUAACAAGGUGGUCCUUUGUGGAGGUUCAGCCAGGAUCCCUCGUCUGCAGCAGAUGUUCCGUGAAAUGUUUCCUGAUGUGGAAGUUCUCAGCUCAGCACCUCCUGAUGAGGUCAUUGCUGUGGGAGCAGCCCUGGAGGCUGGCUUAUUGGUUGGCAGAGAUGGCAUUGCACCUGAGGAAGAGGCAGUCACAGUGGAUGUUUCUGCCUCUGACAUACUAGUAAAGGAGGUUGAUGAAUCUGGAGCUGAGAUGUUCACUGUUGUCCUCCCAUCUGGGACGCCCCUCCCUGCUCGCAGACAUCACAUUCUGAAUGGAUUAGGGAAAUUAUCCUCGCUCUGUCUGGAGAUUUACCAGAGAUUUGUUUCUGAGCAGCCAGAAAAGCUAGCAAAGAUUAUCUUGCGAGACCUGCAGCCCAAAGAGGAGAAUCAUGACAUUGACACUGUGGUGACCAUGAAAAGGGAUGGCACGGUCCAUGUUUCCUGUGUAGAUCAGAGCACCGGAACGUCACAGGUCAUCACCAUAGCAGCUACAUCAUGAAACCACUGAUCUGAAGUUCAAAUCACACACCAGCACACAUUCUGUUGGUUGGUCGGAUGGUUUUUAUGUUGUUUUUUAUACUUUUCACUCAAUAAACAUAAUCAAAUGUAA